UCAUAACUGUCAACAAAACUACAUAACAUUUAACUUAAUCAUUCAAAAAAUAAUUCACCAAUGAACCUAUAACUUAUUUAUUGUAUUCAUUAUUUAAGCUAGUUAAUAAAUAUGAAUAACUUUAUGGCAGUGCUGUCAUUGUUAAGGGAGUUCCCGACCACGAUGUUCAGGUGUCGGCGCAAAUUCCAGGGAACCAGACGUCUGGACGGACAGGUAGUGGUGAUCACCGGUGGAAAUGCCGGUAUCGGCAAAGAGACGGCAUAUCAGCUGUCGUUGAGGGGACCGAAGAUAAUAAUAAUCGGUUCGAGAAAUGCCGAGAAUAACGAGAAAGCCGUGAAUGAGAUUAAGAGUCGUAAUCCCGGCGCCAAUAUAACGGCCCUUAAACUGGACUUAUCGUCGCUGAAGUCGGUCCGCGAGUUCGCCAAACAAAUCACGGAAAGUGAGUCCAAAGUGGAUAUACUGAUCAACAACGCAAACACCCCCGUAGUAUUUGGACCGGCACAGGAGUCGGUAGACGGCUAUGAACUGCAAUUGGAGGCCAACUAUUUGGGUCACUUUCUAUUAACUAUGCAUUUGUUGCCAUUGAUGCGGAAGUCUGUGAGCGCGCGCGUCAUCAACGUGUCGAUGAAUGGACACGUUUUCGGGCAAAUAAAUCUGAGUAACAUUAACCUCCGUAACGGCGCCUACACUGCUAUCAGAGCCCACCUACAGACCAAACUGGCACUGGUGUUGUUCGCUCGGGAAAUGGCCACACGAUUGGGUGGCAAAGAUAGUAAUGUCAAGACCUAUGCUAUUAACCCGGGUAUUGUCAACUCGAGACCCGGACGUAAUAUUGUGGGCCGGUUUUUCAUGGCAUUACUCACCCUGAGCAUUGAGAUGGGACCGCAAACCUACCUGUACUGUGCGUUGGACGAGAUGGUGGACAAUGAGUCGGGUCACUACUAUGAUAACUGUCGUCGAGUGGACCGAAUGGUCAGUCGUGCCGUCGACGACCAAACGGCUCACGAUUUGUGGCAAUUGAGCGAAGAUUUAGUGAAACUCGAGACUCAGUACAGGAUAUGAAUUGCGAUACAAAAAUGAAUACGAUUUUUGUUUACAUUUCAUUUAUUAUUCAAUUCAAUAAGAUUAUAAC